CUUGGAGUCCGCAUUUUGUUGUCUAUAAAAUGUGGAGCUUGUCUCCCAUUUUCGCACGUCAAAAUAUUUUCAGCAUUGGAGCUUUGGAGAAAGAAGGAGUAGAGAGAAUUUUGGGAGAGCAUUUGGAGGUCGUUUGAAGAUCAUUUCGGUUCAGUUGGAUCUUGCUGGAAAAAACAACAAGUUCUUGAGUAUUCUUCCAGGGUAUCGGGAUUGGGAGUUUCUUUUGGACGAGAAGCACAUUAGGCAAACAUCUAUUUGGGCUGAAGUACCAGCUCUCCCGUAAGGUACCUAUAUCCCUGAAACUCCUGUUGCAUCUAGUAUUGUGUUAGAUCUUAGAGCUUUAGAAAUCUUGGGGGGAGAAUCAUUUACUAUCACUUUGGAUAAACUGACCCCAAAAGAACGAGUGUAUGCAGACAAUUGGAUGGCGGAGCUUAAGUUUCGCUACAACCCGUCGGAGAUGAACUAUGAUGCUUAUUUGGAAAUGAAACAAAAGAUAAAGAAGAAGAAGCAGGGUGAAAGUUCGGGUGAACCGAGUAGUUAUUCUAUCACGACUGAUCACCCCAUUGAGAUUUAUUCAAGUCGUUCUAGGGGUAAGAAGGUUGCCGAGGUUGACGAGGCUUUCUUGACCGACGACUUUGUUACUGUGGCCUUACCUCCUGGUGCUUCAGCCUUAACUGGGUAUAACCAAUUGUCCGAGCAGCUUGAGAAGCUGUUGCUUGAGGAGGACAGGGUUGUCAUGGUCGACUAUGGAAUUCCCAAAGCCUUUGACAUGACCGUUUCUACGGUCUUUGCGGGCUACCAACAUGUUGUUUAUCUAAAACAACUCAUGGUUGAGCGCGAGAAGGAGUUGGAGUCUCUUCGCGCAGAAAGGGUUGAGCUGAGGAAUGAGCUCCAACUUGCUAAGGGAGAUGUUGAGGUUGGUCAUAAGCAGCUGGCAGACUUGAGGGAACAACUUCAGGCUCAGUUGGCCACAAAGGAUAGGGAGAUCAGCCAUCUGAAGGCUAAGUUGACUGAGAUGAACGUAACUCGACGCAAUGAGCUUAAGGUAGCUUGUUUCGAGACGAAUGCCCGGGCCCGAGCCGAGAUGACUCAACAAUAUUUGGACGGGUCUUGUCAAGAUUGGGAAACUACUGCGACUCUCAAGUUGUGGGAAGAUAUCCAGGGCCAAGCGACUCAGCUUUCGAGCGACGAUGGUGCUACUAACGAUGAUUGAUAUCGUCCUUCUAUAAUAGUAUUUGGCAGGGUGUGUGUGCCCUUGGUAUUUUAUGUGUAAUCAGACAUUCGUGCCUUCAAACUAUUUUAUUUUUGCAUCGGGUGUAUGUACCCUUGGAUUUCCCUAGUUUUAGGUCUACGCCAUUGGGCUAGACUUAAACUUUUUAUCGUAUUCCUAACUAUGAUUUUUUCGGCGGGUCCGGAUCGUCGGGGGGUUCGCCCCCUGGAUCGGCUAUAUGAGACUAUUUUAUAUU